CUAAAAAUAUUGAAUAUUUCAAAAAUUUUAUACAAAUGGUUCAAGAAAGCAAAGGUAAGGGAGGUAGGAGGGACAAUGACCCUCCAGCUAGUGGUAGCUCCACUACACCCUCAGUAGCUAUGCCUCAGAAUGAUGGAGUUGGAAAUCCUUCUGCUGGACUCAUUCUAGAAUUCAUAGCAGAAUCCUUGGCAACCCCAGAAGGUGAUAAGGUUAGAGCUGCUAGAUUGAUGUUGACUAGGCAAGCAUCUAUGUGGUGGACUGAUUACCGUAGAACACAUCCUGACGACCCCAAGAUCACCACUUGGGAGGGCUUCAAGGAUCUUUUCCUUGAAGAAUACAUACUAGACAGUAUGAGGAGAGAAAUGCAGCUAUAGUUCACAGAAUUAAAGCAGUCAGAUUGUA